UUACAAUUGGUACAAUGCAUUCAGGCAAGUACUAUUCUCCUGGAAAACGCCAAACCCAGACAUGGGCGCAUAGUGGCUUAGUGACAGUUGGUGACUUCUGCGCUUCAGCAUGCGCUGGCCCCACUCUGUCAUUUUACGUGGCCUACCACUUCUUGGCUAAGUUACUGUUCCCAGUUGCUUCCACUUUGUUAGAAUACCACUAACAAUUGACCAUGGAAUAUUUAGUAGCAUGGGUGGACUUAUUAGAUAGGUGGCAACCUAUCACGGUACCAUGCUUGAAUUCAAUGAGCUCCUGAGAGCGACCCAUUCUUUCACAAAUGAUUGUAGAAGCAGUCUGCAUGCCUAG